CGCUUUUAUUUGUUAAAAAUAAAACUAUGGCUCACGGAGGAAGGAGGCCAUCUCUCCAGAAGAAAGAGAAGUAUCAGGACAAGCAAAGAGAUCGAUUCUGUAGGCAGACAACUUAUGGAGCAGAGUUUAAAGAAAGUUCUCCUCAACAAGCUCAGUAUCAUAAAGAAAUUGAUAAUCAGAUUGUGUCAAAAUACUCAAACAGAAUUGUGAAGACUUCUCAUGCUCAUUCAGUUGAUAGGAACAAGCAUAGAAGAGAUCAGAAAAAGUAUAAGCAUCAUCAUUCAACUGAAAAACAAGUCAGGCAUCGCUAUGACUAUGAUAAUGCCCUUGUCUCUACUGGUAAGGCAUUUUAUCAGCCAGAUAAGUCCACUGGCAAUCGGAUGGAGUAUUAUUACCAUCAUAUGGGGAGGCCAGGCAGAAGACAGGUAGUAGAUCGGGUAGUGAAGUAUAAAUACCCUUCUCAUGUUGGAACAAGUUAUAACAAAGAUUAUGCAAAGUAUAAUUCGAUCAAAGCCCCAGAAGGAAGACUAUGAGGCGAACCUUUCAAUGUGGAGAAAGAACAUAAAAUUAUCAACCCUCAUAAUGUUGAGAAGCUGACAAUUAAUAGGAUUGAUUAUCAGCCUUUUAAAGUUCAACCAAGAGCGCCUAAGAAGCGGAAGGCUCCUCCACAGUCUGAAUAUAUCGGAGCUAAAAGCGCAUACCAGUCUGAAUUCAUGAAUUGGGGAGCCAAUGAAAUUAUUCAUGAAAAAGAGCCUCAAUAUCCUUAUUAUUCUCUUCCCUUCAAUGGAAAUUCAAACUAUGCCAAAACAUUUUGUGGAGGUAGCCCAGAUGGAAAAUUAGGAAGAGGAGCACCUUUCGGAAUGGAUACUAUCAAUGGUAGCCCAAACCAAAAAGAUGGCCUCUCUCAUCAUGGGUAUAGCACUGGAUAUGGUGGAGGAUUUGGAACAGGAGGCUCACAUACAAAUGCUCAUAUAGCAAGUAGUGCCACUCAUCUCAAGCCUUUUAUUUGAGCUGAAGAGAAUGGAUUUGAGACCACUAAUCAAAGAAAUUUUAAGGAUUAUAAAAUCAGCCAUAGACCUCAGACUUGUAAGCCAAAGACUGAAGCUGUCAAAACAUGUGGCAAUUCAAAGCAUUUCAAGACUAGCAACAUGUGAGAUUAUAAGAAGAGAAGGUUCAAACCACCUGCUGUGGACAUGAUCCCGUACCCUUAAGAAAUACUUUGUUACCCAAUCUUAAAAUUUA